AUGAGCAGGCGGACUUGCUGGGUGUGUACAAUGUGCAGAGCUGCGUCCAAGAGGCCCCCUUCAAACCUUACUUCGGAGGAGGUGUCACAGUGGGCCCAGUCUUUCGAGAAGCUGAUGGCGACAAAAUAUGGGCCGGUAGUCUACGCGGCAUACCUGAAGCUGGAGCAUAGUGACGAGAACAUCCAAUUCUGGAUGGAUUGUGAGACCUACAAGAAAAUCGCCUCACGAUGGGGUAGAAUCUCUCGGGCGAAGAAGCUUUACAAGAUCUACAUCCAGCCACAGUCCCCUAGAGAGAUUAACAUUGACAGUUCGACAAGAGAAACCAUCAUCAGGAAUAUUCAAGAACCCACUCCAACGUGCUUUGAAGAGGCUCAAAAAAUCGUGUAUACGCACAUGGAGAGAGACUCAUACCCCAGGUUUCUCAAAUCGGAGAUGUACCAGAAACUUCUGAAGACUAUUCAGCCCAAUGACAAUUCCUGACGACCACUCAGAAGCUUAAACUGAAGGCAGUCUAUUCAAAGUAUUGGCUUUGUUCUUCUAACUUACACACACACACAAUGAAAAACAGUAGGAAUAAAGUUCAAGGAAAGGAACUAUAAAUUGAGUUCUCGUUCCCGAAGGGAAACAGAUCUCUGAAGGGAUGGACUGGAGAACUCUGAUCACAUGACUAAUACAAUUUAUAGCAUACCUAAGGAGUGCUCUGAAAAAGGACAGUCUUUCUUCACAACGCCAACAUUAUUAACGUUUUUACUGUGGUCAUCAACUGAUAGAAGUUUUCUUAUCAAUGAAAUUUUGUCACAAUGUACAGAUUAGUCCUUCAAAGGCUGUAGCUAUGGAAGUUGUGUCUCUAGCACAGUGGUUCUCAA